GGCGCCGCGGAGAGGGCUCCGGGAGGGGUCGCGCGGUACCGCCGGGAGCGGACCCGGGGGCGGGCGGGUCCAGUGCGGCCCGAGCGACCCCAGGGCCAGCUCUGUCUGGUCCAGAGCCAAGGCCGGCGGCCGCGGCGGAGGGCGGGGACGGUGCCUGUCCUCUGGGAGGCGGCCGUGCCUCAGGCAGUGGGGCGCGCGUGGGAAACGAUCGCGGAGAGUUGGGAGGAAGCGAGGCUGAAGCCGAGGGACGCAGAGUGGGCAGCCGAGAGUGCGUGGCGGGCGGGUCCCCGGAGCCUGUGGAUUUGGUGCGGAGCCGGAGCGCCGACCCGGCUCCUGCGCGCGCGCUCAGGCUGACUCCAGCACCACCCGUUGGGGAAGGGCCCGAAUCCUGCUGCCGCCGGCUCGGGGGAGCCGGUGUCGGGAGCCGGCGAUUGCCGCCAGGCCCGAGGGAGACGCGCGCGGGGGUGAUGGUGGGGGAGCCGGCCGGGGCUCCGAGCCCAGCUCCCACCCGCCGGCGCUCGAUCGCCGCUGUGCCGGGCGCUCCCCGCCAGGGGGCGGCGCGGCGCGGGGCGAGCGGGAGGCGGGGGCGCUAAGGGACCCGGCUCCAGUCACCCGCCUCACCUGGGCGCGGCGUCGCCCCCUGCGCCUGCUGGAGUGCGGGGGAGGCCGAGGCCGCACGGUCCGCACCUCGAACUCCCCACGUCUGCUAUGUUGCCUUUUGGAGACAAAACGAGGAUUCAUUUUGUGAGAUAAGUGAGCAGUUCAACUUCGGUAGCAAGAAAAGGUACUUCUGCGUGGAGCCCUAUGGACACAGAGACAUGGUUAAUGCAUGGUUUGCUGAGAGAGUUCACACCAUCCCUGUCUGCAAGGAAGGCUUCAGAGGCCACGCGGAACCCUGCUCCUGCCCCUCGUCGCAGAGUCCCCGCACAGACAGCAGUGCCCCGGGAACACCAACCAGGAAAAUCUCUGCUUCCGAAUUUGACCGGCCUCUUAGACCCAUUAUUAUCAAGGAUUCUGAGGGAACUGUGAGCUUCGUCUCUGACUCAGAAAAGAAGGAACAGAUGCCUCUGACCCACCCAAGGUUUGAUCAUGACGAAGGGGACCAGUGCUCAAGACUCUUGGAAUUAGUGAAAGAUAUUUCUAGUCAUUUGGAUGUCACAGCAUUAUGUCACAAAAUCUUCUUGCAUAUCCAUGGACUCAUCUCCGCCGACCGCUAUUCCCUCUUCCUGGUCUGUGAGGACAGCUCCAAUGACAAGUUCCUUGUCAGCCGCCUCUUUGAUGUGGCAGAAGGUUCAACACUGGAAGAAGCUUCCAACAACUGUAUCCGCUUGGAGUGGAACAAAGGCAUCGUGGGGCACGUGGCGGCGCUGGGGGAGCCCUUGAACAUCAAAGAUGCAUAUGAGGAUCCUCGAUUCAAUGCAGAAGUUGACCAAAUUACAGGCUACAGGACACAAAGUAUUCUUUGUAUGCCAAUUAAGAAUCAUAGGGAAGAGGUCGUUGGUGUAGCCCAGGCCAUCAACAAGAAAUCAGGAAAUGGUGGGACAUUCACUGAAAAAGAUGAAAAGGACUUUGCUGCUUACUUGGCAUUUUGUGGUAUUGUUCUUCAUAAUGCCCAACUCUAUGAGACUUCACUUCUGGAGAACAAGAGAAAUCAGGUGCUGCUGGACCUUGCUAGCUUAAUUUUUGAAGAACAACAAUCACUAGAAGUAAUUCUAAAGAAAAUAGCUGCCACUAUUAUCUCCUUCAUGCAGGUGCAGAAAUGCACCAUUUUCAUAGUGGAUGAAGAUUGCUCCGAUUCCUUUUCUAGUGUGUUUCACAUGGAGUGUGAUGAAUUAGAAAAAUCAUCAGAUACUUUUACAAGGGAACGUGAUGCAAACAAAAUCAAUUACAUGUAUGCUCAGUAUGUCAAAAAUACCAUGGUGCCACUCAAUGUCCCAGAUGUCAGUAAGGACAAAAGAUUUCCUUGGACAAAUGAAAACACAGGGAACGUAAACCAGCAGUGCAUUCGAAGUUUGCUUUGUACACCUAUAAAAAACGGAAAGAAGAAUAAAGUGAUAGGGGUUUGCCAACUUGUCAAUAAGAUGGAGGAGAACACUGGCAAGGUUAAGCCUUUCAACCGCAACGAUGAACAGUUUCUGGAAGCUUUUGUCAUUUUCUGUGGCUUGGGGAUCCAGAACACGCAGAUGUAUGAAGCCGUGGAGAGAGCCAUGGCCAAGCAAAUGGUCACAUUAGAGGUGCUGUCGUAUCACGCUUCAGCCGCAGAGGAGGAAACAAGAGAGCUGCAGUCCUUAGCGGCGGCUGUGGUGCCAUCAGCCCAGACCCUUAAGAUCACUGAGUUCAGCUUCAGUGACUUCGAGCUGUCGGACCUGGAGACGGCCCUGUGCACAAUCCGCAUGUUCACUGACCUCAACCUCGUGCAGAACUUCCAGAUGAAACACGAGGUUCUUUGCAGGUGGAUUUUGAGUGUUAAGAAGAAUUACCGGAAAAAUGUCGCUUAUCAUAAUUGGAGACAUGCCUUUAACACAGCUCAGUGCAUGUUUGCUGCCCUAAAAGCAGGCAAAAUUCAGAACAAGCUGACCGACCUGGAGGUCCUGGCAUUGCUGAUUGCAGCCCUCAGCCACGAUUUGGAUCAUCGCGGCGUGAACAACUCUUACAUCCAGCGAAGCGAGCACCCUCUGGCCCAGCUCUACUGCCAUUCCACCCUGGAGCACCACCAUUUCGACCAGUGCCUGAUGGUUCUCAACAGCCCGGGCAAUCAGAUUCUCAGUGGCCUCUCCAUUGAAGAAUAUAAGACCACGUUGAAAAUCAUCAAGCAAGCGAUUCUAGCUACAGACCUGGCCGUGUACAUUAAGAGGCGGGGAGAAUUUUUUGAACUUAUAAGAAAAAAACAAUUCAACUUAGAAGACCCUCACCAAAAGGAGUUGUUUUUAGCGAUGCUGAUGACGGCGUGUGAUCUCUCUGCGAUUACAAAACCCUGGCCCAUUCAACAACGGAUAGCAGAGCUCGUAGCGACUGAAUUUUUUGACCAAGGAGACAAAGAGAGAAAAGAACUCAACAUAGAGCCUACUGAUCUCAUGAACAGGGAGAAGAAAAACAAAAUCCCAAGUAUGCAAGUCGGUUUCAUAGAUGCCAUCUGCUUGCAGCUGUAUGAGGCCCUGACCCACGUGUCGGAGGACUGUUUCCCUUUGCUGGACGGCUGCAGGAAGAACAGGCAGAAAUGGCAAGCGCUGGCCGAGCAGCAGGAGAAGAUGCUGGUGAAUGGGGCCAGCGGCCAGGCCAAGCGCAGCUGAGGUCCACCCGUGCGAGCGUGGCUUCCAGACGCAUGUCUGCGUCCGCCCGGGGUGCUGGGCACUGUCCAGGUGUGGUGUGUGCUUCCACUGCUGUAUUUUUAUUUUUGCACAACUUUGAGAGCACAGCACGCAGUGUCUUUAGGGGACCCUUCCGUAGUUCUGUGUAUUUGUUUUAUGCCACUGAGCUGUGCUGACCGACACGUGGACGCCUCGGCCACCUGUGCACUGAAGGUGCGGGCUGCAUCCUCGCCCGAGGGGUGGGGGUUUUGCUUGGAGAGUUUAAAUGAUUGGCUUUGUGUUUUUGGAAUUACCAGUCUUUCAUGAAUGUUCGGAAUCUUUUCUUUCUCGAAAAUAGGCUAGGAGCAAAUUGAAUAUGAUCUGUGGCAUUUAAAACCUUCGGAGGGUAGAGAAAAAUUAUGGGCUGAGUAGAUUUUAAGGAGGAAGAGGGACAUUUAUCAACGAUGUAUCACCUUAACAAAAAAGUUUAAACUCUGAAACAAAUGGAAGGUACUGCAGGGCCGUCUUGUAAAGCAAAGGUGUCAUUGAAUUAUCACUGAUUUUACUGAGAGACCAGUGGGACCCAGAAAUGGAAUGUGUGUCAGUUCCAUUGGAAGACACUUCCGAGAGGCGGGCAGUUUCGAAUAUUGAUUCCUUUUCUUAUGUGACUUCCUCAUUGUUCACCUUACAAACCAUCGUUCAUAAGUGGACAGUUUAAGUCUCAGCAGGAAAUCAAGAAAGCAGUGAUCAUUGGAGCACAGACCUGAAGUGAGCUAUGACAGUAGGUGAGAGGAUACAAAACGAAUCCUUUUUUCUUUCUUUCUUUCUUUCUUUCUUUUUUUUUUUUUUUGUCAAAUGAAGGGCAGAGACAAGCUUUAAUUACAUAAACAGCAAAAGGCUUGGCAUUGGGGUCAAGAUUAAAGAUUAAAACGAGGGAGCAUCCGGUAAGAAACGUGAAGCCGCACUGAGUUUGUGACUGACAGGCUGCCCUGUUGGUCUAUAGGACCAGUCACCCCAGAGGCACAGCGCUUGGGGCACGUCCCCUGACCUGGCCCUUGCUUGCAGGUGGUGGCAUUUACUUCUCACAGCUGUCGGUAGUUUAAAAAACGUUAACAUGUGCUUAGAAUUGGAGCCCCUUUCACUGGUAUUCCCGACAAGUGUGCUCCUAACACGUAUUUACUGAGCAGUGGAGAAGUUGAGUCAGGCCACUGCUGCAGGACAGGGAUAUCUGCCCCUGACACCUGGGAGUGUGAGUAGGAAGAGAGCCGUUGGAUGGAUUAACUCCCUUCCCCACCCACCAGAAGUUUCUGAGCUUGGAUGGAAAAAUCUCGGGGUUAUGGGAAUGCAGCCUUCUCAGAGACUUUUCACUAAAACAUGUUUUCCAUUCGUAUCAUUUUUCUCUCAACUGCCUAAAAUUCGACACGUUUGUUAAGUUUUUAAAAUGGAGUGUGUAUAUGUAUCUUGACAUGAUGUAGCUUUAUUCUUACUAGUCAGGUAAAAAGGGAGUGGGUGGGCCAAACGAAUUGUAUGGCCGUUAUUUUGUAGUGGUAAAAGCUAGUCUAGAAAGUUAUCGACCGUUUAACGCUAUAUGUAUUAUUGUCAGAAUAUUUGUAUUUUCAGGAUGUUAUUCUAUUUUUACUUUAUGUCAUACAGAUGAGAUCUGUAAGGUCCCUCUUGGUGGCACUGGAGUGUAAAUUACAGACUGUCACUGAAAUAAUGUGCCCACAUACUGGUAUACACAGAGUUCCUUAGUGCAGAAAACUGUUUGAAGAAUAAUCGUCUUUACUCACCUAUCUUUUUACCGUUCACAUUUGACUUAGCAGUUAUGCUAAAAUCUGUCGUCACACACUUUAGUAGUUUGUUUAGAGCCCUCUGAUAUAUGUCCCUGAGAUUUUGAAAAACAUACUAGACUAAAUGAUGAUAUAGGUAUGUGUGUCAUUUUAACAAGCAAAACGACAUAUUUAGAUUAGAAAUUGUUUGGUUUACCUUUAGAUCAUGAUUGAUUUUACUUUACUAGUUUAGAAAUUAAAAGAAGUUGGGCAAUGCCAUGCCUAUUUUAUUGUUGGGUGUUUUAGUUCAUACAGAAGUACUUCUUUAGGGCUGGUUAGUUGGUUCAAAUAAUUUUUAGGAAACUCAUUCCAUACAUGGUUUAAUACUUGGUACAUGGGCACAAAUCAGAGUCUUCAUUCUUAUGUGAAUAUUUCCUUUCCGGUAUCUUCUUAAAUUGGAAAAAGCUGUCCUUACAGCCCUACCCACGUGACCCUGUGUUUAUAUCGCCCGUAACUAGCAAGAAGUCGCCCGUGCACCUGAUUAGGUUGUUUCUGUUAUAGCUGAGUGGCAUCACUCCAUCUCAAUUCAGUUUUCAGCCCGAAGGGCCCCACUAUGUUACUAAGUUGUUGAAAAGAGGUCCGUGAACUUGCCUGGCCUUGGAUAUCAGGACUGGCUUUGGCCCAUCACACCUUUGUGAACUCGGUAGGUCACUGAAUGUCUGUGCGUCUGGACACACUGUGCCAUUAAGGGGGUGUGCCUAGGUGGAAGCCUCUGCCGCAUGUCACGGAGGAGUCACAGAAGACAGCCCCUGUGCUGGCCCUGCUGGGCCCUGGAAACCACUGUCACACUGGGACAUGGGGCGACAGAGUGUGGUGAUCUAAUCCCACAUGUUACUUCUUAGGUUGAGUUUCCAACACUGAAAAACAAAAGAACACCUUUAUCCGGCUUCUCACGUACACGGCUGGUGAGUGUGCGGUUGAGAGCUCCGUGGUACGGACCCUGGAUGGCAAUGUCACCACGGAGCUCUUACUGGUUACGAAGACCCGUUUCCUCCACCAGCAGAGCAGGUCUGGAGACAGGACGUGUGUGAAUGUGGGAGGAGCCUGGUCACAGAUACAUUCUCGCCUAGCAGUGAAGCGCCUUUAUUUCCAGCCUGGAGCACAAAUGUUAGCACUUCAGUUUGGUUUUCCAUUUCACUGUUUGUCACCAGAUUGUAGUCCUAGAACUUCCCAGGCCAUCACAAGCAGUAGUGCUGUGUUUUGUGUUUACAAGGGCGACUCACAGUCAGAGGGGGCCAUGUGUACUGCCAUCCUCUCCAGGGCACAACUGUAGUUACAACAAGGCGCUAGAAUUGAAUUGCUUGGUAUCAGACAUGCAUGGACCUGCUCGAGUCCCUACCACAUGCCAGGCACUGUCCCAGCCAUGGGACAGCGCAGUGACCUCACGCUGGCAGGCUCCGCAGUCUGCCGAUGUAACGUGAGCACCUAGGCUACGACGGCACUUCUGUUUUCCUCUGUAUCAUGCAUGAUACAGCUUCCCAAGGACCAUCUUUACCUGGAACUUACUAAGAAUCUGUUAGUAGCCGUGCAAAGAUGACUCACUCAGCUGCUGAGGGUGUGCAGCUCGCUCAUCCACAGAGCAACUGCUGCACGGAGUCACGCGUCCCACUCUGUACGUUGUUUCUCCCUACGCUAGCCAGGUCGAGAUCGCUCAGCAUUCUCAGUCUUUUAAACUGCCGUUCCGGACCCUUCUGCUCCAUCACAGGGAGCGAGGAAGAAAGGAGUAAGGCUCGCUCUGCCCGUCCAUAGACUUCUCAAAAGCCUGUGUAAACAUGUCUGAAUGAAUGUGACUGAAAGUGAUGUAAAUAGUUGAAAAUAUAAAUUUCUAUUACAGUUUAAGAAAACCUUAUGAAUCACUGGCCACUGUUAAUACCUAUUUGUAUUCUUAGACCUUUUCAAUAUAUUUGAACAAAUAUAUAGUUUCUGGCACUAUUUUUGUACUAGGAUAAAGGAGUUACUAUGUACAUUAUGUUUAGCUUUUCAGUCAUUUUAAAUAAUGGUGACUGUUGAUUUCUGUCUCUCCUGUCCCCCCCAUGAGAAGCGUGUCAGGGACAAUCACGUAAGGAGUGCUUACGUGGGUGAUCACCAUGAAGCCGAGACGGUCGGUGGUUGUCCAUUGUGCAAACUCCUCACUUGUCAGUUGUUUCCCCAUUUUGCCAUGCUUUGUAAAAAUAAAAAGAAUGAACGAG